CAUUAACAGCUUAGCAGCAGCAGCUUCUACAGCAUCCAGCAUCCAUCCAUCCAUCCCUGCCUGCCUGCCUGGGGAGCAGCAGUCCUACCCGGCGCAGCAGCACCAUCGAAGGGGGCGCAUCAUCUAAGUGAUGCCACAGCAUCAGUCGCAUUUCUCCAACAAAUAGUGGAUCCUAGAGGAGAGACAGAAACCGCUUCAGCCACGAAGACAGCAAACUGCCCAUGAAGAUGUCUAACGCUGACAUCGUCUUAAACGCCACCGAUCGGAUGGUGAAAUCUGUCCCCUUCCCCUUGAGUCACCGGCUUACACUGAAGGAAGUGUUUGACUGUGAAGGGAAACCUCGUGUGGAUCUCCUGAAGGCUCACCUCACCAAGGAGGGCCGCGUAGAGGAAGCGGUGGCACUUCGGAUCAUCAGUGAGGGAGCAGCUAUCUUACGUCAGGAGAAAACUAUACUGGACAUAGAAGCACCAGUCACAGUGUGUGGUGACAUCCAUGGGCAAUUCUUUGAUCUUAUGAAACUUUUUGAAGUGGGAGGAUCACCAGCCACAACACGGUACCUGUUUCUUGGGGACUAUGUUGACCGCGGCUACUUCAGUAUUGAGUGUGUUUUGUAUCUCUGGUCACUGAAAAUCCUCUAUCCAAAGACACUGUUUUUACUUCGUGGAAAUCAUGAAUGUAGGCAUUUGACGGAAUAUUUCACCUUCAAACAAGAAUGUAAAAUCAAGUACUCAGAGCAGGUGUAUGACUCAUGUAUGGAUGCAUUUGACUGCCUUCCCCUGGCUGCACUCAUGAAUCAACAGUUUCUGUGUGUCCACGGUGGACUCUCACCUGAAAUACACACCUUAGAUGACAUUAAAAAGUUGGAUCGGUUCAAGGAGCCACCGGCUUUUGGGCCAAUGUGUGACCUGCUGUGGUCUGAUCCUCUGGAGGAUUUUGGUAACGAGAAAACACAGGAAUAUUUCAGCCACAACACAGUGCGAGGUUGCUCCUACUUCUACAGUUACCCAGCUGUGUGCGAGUUUCUACAGAGCAAUAACCUAUUAUCAAUCAUCCGAGCGCAUGAAGCACAAGAUGCAGGCUACCGGAUGUACCGUAAAAGUCAGACCACUGGAUUCCCAUCACUCAUUACCAUCUUUUCAGCACCAAACUACCUGGAUGUGUACAACAACAAAGCUGCUGUACUGAAAUAUGAAAAUAAUGUCAUGAACAUCCGACAGUUCAACUGCUCACCUCAUCCCUACUGGCUGCCCAACUUCAUGGAUGUCUUCACCUGGUCUCUGCCAUUUGUUGGAGAGAAAGUCACAGAAAUGCUAGUGAAUGUGCUGAGCAUCUGUUCUGAUGAUGAGCUUAUGAAUGAUGAAGAUGAGAUCUUUGAUGCCAAUGCAGCUGCAGCCCGCAAAGAGGUGAUCAAAAACAAGAUCCGUGCUAUUGGGAAAAUGGCCAAAAUGUUUUCAGUUCUCAGAGAGGAGAGUGAAAAUGUGUUGACGCUUAAGGGCCUGACGCCCACUGGCAUGUUGCCGAGCGGGGUUCUCUCUGGAGGCAAACAGACACUGCAGAGCGCCACAAUUGAAGCCAUUGAAGCCAUCGAGCUGCAUGAUGAGGACAGAGAAGCCAUCCGUGGGUUCUCGCCCCAACACAAGAUCACCAGCUUCGAGGAGGCUAAGGGCCUAGAUCGCAUCAACGAGCGCAUGCCGCCUCGCAAGGACGGGGUGAACCAUGUGGGUCUCUCCAUUGGAAAUAUGAAUAUGUCGGAGGCAAACGGCACGGAUGACAACAGCAACAUCCAGUGAUGUGCUGUCUGUGAAGCCUCAGAACCGUUGCAGCUGUUGCACCGUGCAGAAAGACAUUGCCACAUUCAGGCCUCAGAGCAUGGAAAUAAACCAGGGCCACAGACAAGAACAUGAAAUCUGCAGCAAAUCUAAAACAGGGCGUUUUUUUCAUGACAGUAUGUUAUCGCACAGUUUGGGGGAGGGGUGGGGAGCUGGGGAUAAGGAGAGGCCAGCGGGCUGCAGCUUGACUGGGUGAAAGUUGUUUCUGACUGUUGUUCCCCUUUCUCGGUUCAAUUACAGACUGAUUUGUCGGUGGUUGCGUUGUUCUGAGUGCUGACAAACGUCUGCCCCUUCAUUAUAGGGUCUAACAGAAGGCACAAAAAUAAUUUUACUCUUUCAUAAAGUGGUUAUUAUAAAUCACUCGAAAAUUCCCCUAACAUGUUUACCUACAUGUGUUACUAGUAAUAACAAAAAGAUGCAUAAGCAUGACCUCUAAAAACUUGCAGUGCUAGCAGUGCAGUCUUACCAGUUUAGGGAGGGAAAGAGGUCAGUAUGCCCACUGCACUGCGGAUACCACCUACGGUAAGUUUCACUGCUGUCCAGGACUGCUCUCAGUCUUCCCCUUGCAAGUUCCACAGGUUACUGUUGGUACCUCAGUAUCACAGAUGACACACCAAUAUUUAACAUCUGAAAAUGAUCUUUACACGAAGAUGCAACUUCAUCAUCACACCUAUGUGAAUCUCAAAGGGUUAUAUUUUUAUUCAGAUAAUCCUACAGUUAAUUUCUUCCCCUCCGUUCGACGUUCAGCAUCAGAGAAGCAUGAAUUUUAUUGAGCUAUACCUCACACGUGUCAUGAAAUUCACUUUGUGGAAAGUGGACACUUGACAUGAUUCUGGUUUCUGAACAACAGAGGAGAUUUUGAACCAUGGGGCACACCCCGCUGUCACACACUACCUGAUUAUUUCUCACCUGCUUGUCGCUAAAGAGAAAAUAGAACACCACGUGCUGUCACUCAAGUAUACAUCAGUGCCCUUUGAGUUUCUGCACAUUUUGCUGUGCUGUAAAUUCAAUGAGAUAUCACGUUUAAGAGCUACACAAAGUACUAUAUCAGAGUGAGAAGGAAAUUCUACAAAUUUGUUAAUGCAUACAAAUGAAAUAGUAUAAUAACAGUGAUAACAAUAAUAGUAUUUAACAAACACACACCACUGUGUCAUUUGGAAAAAAAAAAAACAAGCAUCCUGACUGAACUCAGUUAAUUUAUGCUACUUUAUGCUUAAAAAAAAUGAAUUUAAUGUUCUGAUAAGUACUUAUAACCAGACAUUUGGUUUAUGAAUCUAUCCAUAUUGCAUCUAAGUGUGUCAAUCAUAUAUCAUUUCUAUAUUUUUAUAUCAAAUUUUCUAAUCUAAUUCUAAAGUGAACCCACACUGUGAUCCAGAUUAAACAUCAAUUACCAUGUCCAAAUAUUGUGUAAUACUUUUAUGAAAAGCUCAUUUGUGUCGCACUGAAGCGGACUGAGACGAGACGAGAGAAGAAACGUUUCUUUCAAAAUAAAAUCAUUUGGGAAAGUCGAAAUCAGUGAAGCCCCAACAUCGAGCAAAACAUACUAUCACAUAAAUUUCUAGAAUUUCCUUUCAUACAUGAAUAUUUUUUCUACUUUAUAUUUGUUCUUUCUAUUUAUUGCUAAAGGUAUGUGAAAUAAGGAUGGACAAAAAGUGAUUUUUAACACAGCAUCUAUGGUAUGGAACGCAUCAAUGCAUGCAAUUAAGUUCCUAAUUGUUAUGUGAGAUUAUAAUUGUGAUAGUAGUGUUUCAAAUAGUAAAGUUGAAUUCUUUCAUUUUUGAAUUAUAAUUGUAGUUUGAUUUGUCUUGUUUUAUAACUUUUAUAAAUAGGCUUCCUUUGAUUGUUUUUUUCUGCGUUUUUUAAAUUUUCAUUCUGUUGUUUGUUACCACUGCUUUUCAUUUCAUGUUCAUUUAUUGGACGCAGAGAUGAAAACUUGUGUUUCUCUUUUGUUUUGUACUGAUGUACAGAAAAUGUUCAAUGGUAUGAAUGAAUAUAAUCUCAGUGAAAAGCAACUUUCAGGCUGCCAAAGCAUGAUAGCAUGGUUUUCAGACGUAAACGGAGUGGACACAAAGAAAAUCAUGUGUCACACUUUAAUUUAAAAGGAAACAUUGUAUUAUGGUUAUAUUUACUGCUGAUAUUUGUAUUAUUAUUA